CAUGUAUUGUCUCACUGUCUGGUCUUCCAUCCAUGAAUCCGUCAUCCAUGCAUGUGCAGACGGACCACGCAUGCAGCCAGCCAGGCAGGUAGGUAGUCGAAAGAGAAGGCAGUCGAAAGAGCAAGGGAGUGCUGGGAGUGUAGGCAAAACCGCCAACACCUACACCCCACAGCCCAGCCUGUGGUGCGGCAGAUCACUGCCUAUUGGCGGCACACCAACAGACUGGGCAGCCAGCGAGAUCAGACAGACAGACAAAGAGACAGACAUUCCCCGUGGGCCCACCAUUAUGAAAUGAAAAGGAAAUAGGGUGUCUCGGCCGGUCCCGGUGGAUGCGAGCGACUCUGCUUGAGCGUGUUGCCUUGGAAUCAAUUCACCCGCUGCAAUCUGACGCCCAUCUUUCCUGCAGCAAACAAAACGCGCAGAAGCCAUUAUAUAUAUUUCAGUCUCAGUUGGAGAGUGUAGUAUGUAUAUUUUUCGAAGCGUGAGUCAUACCGUAGAUGUUGAAAUACACUGCCUGCGUGAGUCGGAGUCCUGCCUCUUCAGUGAGCUUGAUGAAAUACUUGAAUAGCUCAAAUUUGCCCUUACUGUCCUCGUCCCAGCAGAUACCCUGCCCUUGCAAGCACAUCGUGUUCUCCAGUUGCGCACCGCAGCUGCAUGCUUUGCCUUUGAAAAAACCCUGAAGACACAAACCACCGGCCGAAUGAUUACAAAUAGAAAGACGUAUCUCGUUCAUCCAGUGCUCACAUACCGGCACGUUGUUGACGAUAAGUAUACCGCCCUGAUAACAUUAGACAUUGAUGUUACACAUAUACACACACACACACAGAGACACACACACACAGAGCGAGAGAGAGAUGGAGAAGCAUGCUAAAUGGAACCACUUGAUGGAAAGAAAGGCAGAUUAUUGCCGGAAGGGCUAUGGUAAUUUACCGGCGCCAGCAGGGACUUUAUGUUUUGCCAGAAUGAGGUAAUGAUGUUCCACUGUGGUAGCACCUUUUUCUGCACUUCCGAGAGGGUCACGUUCCUGUUCACAAAGAUGUUCCAAAAGAUGGUCUACCAACAAUAUACGAGUGCAGAAAAAAGAACAAGUACACAAGUGCAAUAUCUUUUACCCCUCAUUGGUUUCCCACCUGAGGGCAAUACACGAGUACGAUUGUCUUGAAGUGGUUGAGUGGCAGCCCGAGUGAAGAAUGGGCAGAAUACAGCUGCAUGCAUGAACUCAUUCGUGACAGAGAGAUACCUAGUGAGUGAGUGGGUGCUAUUCCUAAGUAUCCGUUACCUGUUGAGUAUCAGUGAGGUCGAGCUGCCAGUAGUGGGGCUUGAUGGGACUUUUCGCGAGUUUAGACCAGGGAAACGGAUGGUAUCCCGCGCCGUAUCGAGAUAUGUCCCAGUCCCGAGCCUCCUCGACGAUGUGGUGGUCUGCUGUCUCAAACUCCACCACUUCCUCGUUGUUGCGGUAUCCGCUGAAGCUACGCGGCAGCUCCACACCACGCUCGUAAUCGAUGAACGCAAACGAGCCCAUAACCGCGUCAAGAGUCCUGUUAGACAACGCAACAAAAACGUGUGCAGUGCAUGCAUGCAUAUGUCAGAGGCACACUGGACGUGCACAUGCAGACCAUUCUGAGGGUGGCACCGACUCCUGGAAGAGGAAGGGCAGCUCCGCGUCCCUUUUGAGUCCGUGAGUAGGGGCGUGGCAUCCUGCAUUCAUGAUGGCCACCAAAAGCAUUGCAUGCAUGCAACACGAAGAUGAUGCGAUGCCUGGGCCGCCUGGCUGUUUGCUCGCCCACCGAGGAGAACAUCAGGGACAGCAGUACGCCUCUGGAGGAAGCCGCGGCUGGCGUCGGCAACAGACAUUGUGGCGCCAGCCCAGAGUCACCGGGAGGCAGCUCAGCAACGGCAGCAGAUGGAAGGCAGCCAAAACAACACACGGACGGGGCGACAUGAUGAUAAAGG